AUGCCUCGUGAACGUCUCACAACGGAACGUGUGUUGGCAGAGUUUGAACGCGUGAUCCAAUCCAAUCGCCAUUUUCAUCUCAACGAUAGUGUGGAUGUCAAUGUUGUUCAUGUGGAAAUGCCUCAUGGCGGUCGAAAGACGAAGCGAGCUGAAAUUAAUUUAGAAAAGCAUUUAAUGAAGAAACGCUCAAUCAUACGGAUCCGGAACAAUGAUCAACUUUGUUUGGCGAGGGCUUUGGUCGUUGCGAAAGCCAAAAUUGAUAACGAUCCAAAGUAUACGAGCAUUGUUGAUCAUCGCCGGGCUAUGCAAACCCGUUUGGCUCGAGAAUUACGUCAAAAAGCUGCCGUCCCUUUGGGUCCCUGUGGACUGGAUGAAGUCAAACAGUUUCAGACGUACCUUUCCGAUUAUCAAAUCAAUAUUGUGUCCACAGAUCAUCAGAACGCUCUUAUUUAUGUUGGUCCCAAUCAAGAAAAGAAAAUUUAUCUGUACCUUUACGAUAAUCAUUACAACGUCAUUACCAAGAUGCCCGGCUUUUUUGAGCGAUCGUACUACUGCCAUAUAUGUAAGAAAGCUUAUGAUCAUCGAGAAGAUAAUUUAUGCCCGAAUGCCUGUCCAUAUUGUCGUUUUCCCGACUGUCCCGUUGAGUCCUGGGUUCACUGCAAUGACUGCAACCGAAUGUUCAAAAGCCAAGCGUGUUUCGAUCGGCAUAAACAGUCAAGUGGAAAAUCGAUCUGUGCGACGAUGGUUGAGUGCUCGGAGUGA